GAGAGGUUUUACGUCAGUUCGAGAACGGCUUUUGUCUCCUUUUCCUUCGCUCGUUGCCUUCGGGGUUUGAGCAAUCAUGGCGGCGGGGGAAGUCAAGUCCGUUUUAUUCGUGUGUCUGGGGAACAUUUGCCGGUCUCCCAUAGCUGAAGCUGUUUUUAGAAAACUUGUAACUGAGGAAAACAUUGAAAACAAGUGGAGGAUAGACAGUGCAGCAACCUCUACAUAUGAAAUAGGAAACCCUCCAGAUUAUCGAGGCCAGAAUUGCAUGAGAAAACAUGGCAUAAUUAUGAAUCAUACUGCCAGGCAGAUUACAAAAGAUGAUUUCCUGACCUUUGACUAUAUUCUUUGUAUGGAUGAAAGCAACCUACAAGAUUUGAGAAGAAAAUGCAAUCAAAUUAAAAAUGGCAAAGCUCAAAUUGAACUCCUUGGUAGCUAUGAUCCACAGAAACAGCUUAUUAUUGAAGAUCCAUAUUAUGGAAAAGAUGAAGAUUUUGAAACUGUUUUUCAGCAAUGUCUCAGAUGCUGUAAAGAAUUCUUGAAAAAACCUCAUUGAUAUGGUUAUGUUUAUGAAAGUCAAUAAUUCUGUAACAUUAGUCUAAAAUCUUAAUUAACAUUAAACUAUGAUAGUGUGCUUCUAAAAUAGA